AUGGGUAAGCUCGACGACGAGGGCAACCCGGAGUCGGUGCCGUUGACACGCCAGCGGUCGGCCUCCUUUGCCUCCGAAACAACAUUCGACUCAGGCCUAUCGGUCGCCUCCGCCGCAUUCCUCGAUCGGUACAAGGGGUCCAACAUAGCGGAAGCAGAAGGGGAAGCCGAACACACACCCUAUCGAGACAUCGAAGACGGAGCAGAGCCGGAACCCGACGAGCCUUUUUUACCUACGCAUACGAAGAAGAAAAAGACGGGGUCCGGAAGUCGCACGCGCCGGAUAGUCUGGUUGCUCGGCCUCCUCUGUGUCGGCGGCUGGGUGCUUGCAUUCGUGCUCUUUCUCACACAGAAGCGGACCACUGCCGCGGCCGUAUCCUCCAACUCAGCUGUCAGCAUCCAUGACCCGGACUCGGCGACCGGUGGUACGAGCUACGGGAGGCCGGUGACACUGGAGCAGGUGUUGACGGGUCAGUGGUAUGCCAAGUCGCAUGCGAUCUCUUGGAUUGCAGGGCCGGAUGGAGAGGAUGGCCUGCUUGUAGAGCGUGGUGAAGAUGGAGAAGGAUAUUUGCGCGUGGAGGAUAUUCGCAGUCGCAAGGAUGGAGGCGCUGGCGCCGAGACCAGAGUUCUGAUGAAGAAGUCAUACGCGUGGACCGUCGACGGUGACAUGGUCAAAAUGUCCAAGAUGUGGCCAAGUCCCGACCUGAAGAAGGUGUUGCUCUUAUCGGAGCAGCAGGGAAACUGGAGACACUCUUAUUACGGAAACUACUGGAUUUUCGACGUGGAGACGCAGAAGGCAGAAGCCCUGGACCCUGAGCAUCUGGAUGGACGAGCACAGCUCGCCAAGUGGUCGCCCAACUCCGAUGCUGUCGCGUUUGUCAGAGAGAACAAUUUGUAUCUGCGGAAACUGAACUCCUCCAACCCCGUUCCAAUUACGAAAGACGGUGGGAAGGACCUCUUCUACGGUGUUCCCGACUGGGUAUAUGAGGAGGAAGUUUUCGCGGGCAACAGCGGCACCUGGUGGUCUGGUGAUGGCAAGUAUAUUGCCUUCAUGCGUACCAACGAGUCCGCCGUCCCCGAAUAUCCUGUCCAGUAUUUUCUCUCCCGUCCGUCGGGCAAGAACCCGGCGCCGGGGCUUGAGAACUACCCUGAAGUUCGACAGAUCAAAUACCCCAAAGCGGGAACCACGAACCCGGUGGUUAGCUUGCAGUUCUAUGACGUUGAGAAAAGCGAUGUUUUCUCUAUCGACAUGCCUGAUGACUUUGUCGACGACGACCGAAUCAUCAUUGAAGUUGUCUGGGCAUCUGCUGGUAAGGUCCUGAUUCGGGAGACCAACCGCGAAAGUGAUAUCAUCAAGAUCUUCGUGAUGGACACCCAGGCUCGGUCUGGCAAGUUGGUCCGAUCUGAAGAUAUUGCCGGGCUGGACGGUGGUUGGGUCGAGCCCUCACAGUCGACCCGAUUCAUUCCUGCUGACCCCGCCAGCGGCCGGCCGCACGACGGGUACGUCGACACCGUGAUCCACGAAGGCUAUGAUCACUUAGCUUAUUUCACGCCUCUCGAAAACCCGGAGCCGAUCAUGCUCACCAGUGGAGAAUGGGAGGUGGUCAACGCUCCAUCGGCCGUUGACCUGGCCAGAGGCCUGGUGUACUUUGUUGCAACGAAAGAAGCACCAACCCAACGUCACGUCUACCAGGUCGGGCUAAAUGGAUCUGACCUUCGACCGUUGACGGAUAUCUCGAAGGCUGGAUUCUUCGAGAUCUCGUUUUCCCACGGAACCGGAUAUGCCUUGCUCAGCUACAAAGGUCCCGCGGUUCCCUGGCAAGCCGUGAUCAACACCCACGGUGACAAGGUGGAGCACGAGGAAGUCAUCGAAGAAAACCCUGGUUUGAAGAAAAUGGUCGAAGACUUUGCUCUCCCAGCGGAAAUUUAUUCAAACGUGACAAUCGACGGUUAUACGCUUCAGGUACUCGAGCGUCGUCCUCCACACUUCAACCCAGCCAAAAAGUACCCAGUUCUCUUCUUCUUAUAUGGUGGUCCCGGCUCUCAAACGGUGGACCGCAAGUUUACUGUGGACUUCCAGUCCUACGUCGCUUCGAGCCUGGGCUACGUUGUCGUUACUGUGGAUGGCCGCGGCACGGGAUACAUUGGACGAGAAGCGCGCUGCAUCGUCCGCGGUAAUUUAGGCUACUACGAAGCGCGGGAUCAGAUUGAAACAGCCAAGAUUUGGGCAGGGAAGAAAUAUGUGGAUGAAGCCCGCAUGGCCGUUUGGGGGUGGAGCUAUGGUGGAUUCAUGACGUUGAAGAUCCUCGAGCAGGAUGCUGGCCAGACAUUCCAGUAUGGCAUGGCUGUGGCACCUGUAACGGACUGGAGAUACUAUGACUCCAUCUACACAGAACGCUACAUGCAUACCCCGGAGCACAACCCCUCCGGCUACGAAAAUGCAAGCAUCACUGACGUUGAGGCACUGGGCGAGAAUAUCCGGUUCAUGAUCAUGCACGGCGUGGCCGACGAUAACGUCCAUCUCCAGAACACACUGGUGCUGAUCGACCGGCUGGACCAGUCGAACAUCGCCAACUAUGAUAUGCAGGUGUUCCCGGAUUCAGAUCAUAGCAUUUACUUCCAUAAUGCGCACUCGCUAGUCUACGAACGUCUUUCGAUGUGGCUCAUCAAUGCGUUUAAUGGCGAGUGGCAUCGCAUCGAGAACCCGAAACCGAUCGACUCGAUGUGGAAGAAAGCUAAACGCGCCGUAUCGCUCUCUAUUUUCGGAUGA